UGUUGCUUGAUACUACAGCUGCACUUGGAGAGCUAGGAUGGAAAACCUAUCCUUUAAAUGGGACCCAAUUUCAACACUGCAAAAAGGGGGGAAAAAAGCAAGAUGGCACUGAGAAGAGAGCUUCCACAUCAGAACCUGCUUCUACUAUGGAUGUUCAUGCUGCUGCUCCAAUGGAGCCAGUGGGAUGCCAUAACUGAAAUGGAUGAACACAAUCGUCCCAUUCACACCUACCAAGUAUGUAAUGUAAUGGAACCAAACCAAAACAACUGGCUUCGUACAAAUUGGAUUUCCCGUGAUGCAGCACAGAAAAUUUACGUGGAAAUGAAAUUUACCCUAAGGGACUGCAACAGCAUUCCAUGGGUAUUGGGAACUUGCAAAGAAACUUUUAAUCUUUACUACAUGGAGUCAGAUGAGUCCCAUGGAGUUAAAUUCAAGCCAAGUCAAUACAUUAAAAUUGAUACUGUCGCAGCCGAUGAGAGUUUUACCCAAAUGGACUUAGGUGACCGUAUCCUUAAACUCAACACCGAAGUUCGUGAGGUUGGGCCCAUAAACAGGAAAGGAUUCUAUCUUGCUUUCCAGGACAUUGGAGCAUGCAUUGCUCUGGUCUCUGUCCGCCUUUACUACAAGAAGUGCCCUUUCACAGUUCGUAACUUGGCUAUGUUUCCUGAUACCAUUCCAAGGGUUGAUUCUUCCUCUUUGGUGGAGGUACGGGGUUCUUGUGUGAAAAGCGCUGAGGAACGGGAUACUCCAAAACUGUAUUGUGGUGCAGAUGGGGAUUGGCUUGUGCCUCUUGGGCGAUGCAUCUGCAGUGUAGGAUAUGAGGAAGUGGAUGGUUCCUGCCAUGCUUGCAGACCAGGAUUCUAUAAAGCAUUUGCUGGAAAUAUCAAGUGUUCCAAGUGCCCUCCACACAGUUUAACAUACAUAGAAGCAACUUCCGUCUGCCAAUGUGAAAAAGGUUACUUCAGAGCUGAGAAAGAUCCGCCAACUAUGGCAUGUACCAGGCCACCUUCUGCUCCACGGAAUGUGAUUUUUAAUAUUAAUGAAACAGCUCUUAUGUUGGAAUGGAGCCCACCUAGUGACACAGGGGGGAGAAAAGAUCUCACCUACAGUGUUAUCUGUAAAAAAUGUGGAUCAGACACCAGCCAAUGCGAGAUAUGUGGUGGAGGAAUCCGUUUCAUCCCAAGACAUACAGGCCUGAUUAACUCAUCAGUGACUGUGCUUGAUUUUGUGUCUCAUGUUAACUAUACCUUUGAAAUAGAAGCCAUGAAUGGAGUCUCUGAGCUGAGUUUCUCUCCCAAGCCGUUCACAGCUAUCACAAUUACUACAGACCAAGAUGCACCCUCCUUGAUAGGUAUGGUAAGGAAGGACUGGGCUUCCCAAAACAGCAUUGCCCUCUCAUGGCAAGAGCCUGACUUCCCCAAUGGAGCCAUUCUGGACUACGAGAUCAAGUACUAUGAGAAAGCCUACCCACGGAUAGCGCCGGCAUUUUGGCACUACCUGCGGGUAGAAGAGCAUGAGCAGCUCAGCUAUUCCUCCACAAGGUCCAAGGCGCCAAGUGUUAUCAUCACAGGUCUGAAGCCAGCCACCAAGUACAUAUUUCAUAUCAGAGUCAGGACUGCAGCAGGAUACAGCGGCUAUAGCCAGAAGUUUGAAUUUGAAACUGGAGAUGAAACUUCUGAUAUAGCUGCCGAGCAAGGGCAGAUUCUUGUAAUUGCCACUGCUGCUGUUGGUGGAUUCACUCUUCUGGUUAUCCUCACUCUGUUCUUCCUAAUCACUGGGAGAUGCCAGUGGUACAUAAAGGCCAAAAUGAAGUCUGAAGAAAAAAGAAGAGCUCAUUUACAAAAUGGACAUUUGCGCUUCCCAGGAAUAAAAACAUAUAUUGAUCCUGACACAUAUGAAGACCCAUCACUCGCUGUCCAUGAAUUUGCAAAGGAGAUAGAUCCUUCAAGAAUUCGAAUUGAGAGAGUUAUAGGAGCAGGUGAAUUUGGAGAGGUAUGCAGUGGACGCCUGAAGACACCAGGGAAAAGAGAGAUUCCAGUUGCCAUUAAAACAUUGAAAGGUGGCUAUGUGGACAGGCAGAGAAGAGAUUUCCUGAGAGAGGCUAGUAUCAUGGGACAAUUUGACCACCCCAAUAUUAUUCGCCUCGAAGGAGUUGUUACAAAAAGAUCCUUCCCGACCAUUGGGGUGAAGUCUCUUUCGAGAUUCCUGAGGGCGGGCUUUUUAAAUAGCAUCCCGGCCCCACAUCCAGUCUCAGGGGUUGGAUCUUUGCCACCCGGCAUUUCCUCUGGCAGACCAGUAAUGAUUGUGGUUGAAUAUAUGGAGAAUGGAUCCCUUGACUCUUUUCUGCGGAAGCAUGAUGGACACUUCACAGUCAUCCAGCUGGUUGGCAUGCUUCGUGGAAUUGCAUCUGGCAUGAAGUAUCUCUCAGAUAUGGGCUAUGUACAUCGUGAUCUGGCAGCCCGUAAUAUUUUAGUCAACAGUAACCUCAUGUGUAAAGUCUCUGAUUUUGGUCUGUCACGAGUGUUAGAGGAUGAUCCUGAAGCUGCUUACACAACAACUGUUAUUCCUUCAGUAGCAAAUUCAUAA